UAAAUCUCUUACUAGACUUGGGAAAUUUUCUAUCUAUUAUUCCAUUAAAUAUGUUUUCUAAAUAUUUUGAUAUCUCCUCACCCUCAGGGAUACUGAUAAUUCAUAAAUUUGGUUGCUUUAUGUUGUCCCAAACAUCUCCAAGGUUUUAUUCGUUAUUUUUUGUUCUUUUUCUUUAUUUAUUUUUGUCUGAUCAGAUUAUUUCAAAGACCUGGCUUCAAGUUCUGAAAUUCUUUCUUCUGCUUCCUAUAGUCUAAGUUGAAGCUUUCAAAUGUAUUUUGUAUUCCCUUCAAUCAAUUCUUCCAGAAUUUGUUUGUUUGUUUUUAACAACUAUCUCCUAGGUAAAUUUCUUAUUCAUAUCCUGAAUUGUUUUUCUGAGGUCUUUCUAUUGGUUUUCAGAUUUCUCUUGCAUUUCAUUGAGCUUCUUUAAAAUCAAUAUUUUGAAUGCUUUAUCUGGGAUUUCAAGAAUUUCCUUUUUGGGUAAGGUCUACUGCUAAAGAAUUAUUGUGUUCCUUUAGGGGUGUCAUAUUUCCUUGCUUUUUCUUGUUUCCUCAUUCAGGACCCCCAGUGGCGAGUGCAGGUACCAGCCGUGAUGGGUGGGGGCAAGGCACUCAUGAGGCCCCUGGUAGAAUGCUCAGGCUGGUGUUCUCUUCCCUCUGGGCUAUGGAGGAAGUUCAGCUACCUUGAAGCCACCAUGCUGGAGAGAUCUCUUAGAAAGCCCACAGUGGCAUAAGACAGAGAGCUGUCCAAGAAACUCCAGCUGUUCCAGCCCCAGCUGUUGAAGGCUUCCCAAUACAGACGUCAGACAUGGGCGAAGAAGCCUUCUAGAUGACUCCAGCCCUAGCCACCAUAUUACUGGAACCUCAUAACAGACCCCUCGCCAGGACCAACCAGCAGAGCCACUCCUCGAUUCCUGAUCCAAGAAAUUCUUGCUGUAAGCCACUAAAUGUGGGGAGAUUGUUAUGCUGCAAAAGAUAAUUAAUACACCAAUGUGUGCUGUCCGAAUGCGAAGCUCAUCCCUUCUCCACAAUUGCCACUCCCCCCAAAAAGAAAAUUUACAUAAGGCCUUUGUGCGUUUAGCCAAAGGAGAUGAAGACGUGAAAGACAUAAAACCAACAACCUAAAAUUGAAUUUGGACACCUCAAUUCUUAAAUAUCCUUUACACAUUUACCCCCACCCCAACUCCAAGCAAUGCCCACCAUCCAUCUCUUACCUCCUCCUCCUCUCAUCUUACUUCCAACAAAUUCUAAAUUCUUCUUCUUCCUGUUAGGCAGAGCAAUUAAAUUCUUCAAGCCCCUUUUCCCAAAUUUAGCUCCAGGACAAUCUUUCAAAGUCCAGGACCCUUUGCUAACUGCCCAGGGGAGUUGCACCUCCCUCGGUAACAGCAAAUGUUCUCCUUGACCGUUUUAUUGGUCUGCUUGUGGACAGCUUCCCCACAUUGGGUGCAGACCUGGUAAACAGGCCGUCCUCUAUAAAUCACAAUGAAAGCUAGAACGCAUCCAGCACCUACCAAGUAGUGCUGGUGCCAGGUUAAGCGUCAUUGCAUUCAAUCUUCACAAAAACCCUUUAAAAUAGGGGCUAUUAUUAUCUCCAUUUUACAGAUGAGGAAACUGAGACUUCAUAUAGUUUUAGGUGCCUGUUUUAUAUCUGCAGUUGUAAGAGUCAGAUUCCAAAGCACUUUGCCAAUACUGCUUAAGUGAAUGAAAGGCAAGGGAAGUAAUUCUGGAGACAGGCUCUUCUGGACAGUGGGUUUUGGAAACGGGUAAAUAAGGUGAUGGUUGUUCCCAUGAACAUGGGGAUCACUGGAGAAAUUGAAUGAGAAGGCCCAAUCCUAGAGUCAUCAGGGCUUAAGGGAGCUGCACUGAGGAGAGAAGAAGAAAAGGCGAUAGAGGACUACCGGAGCUGGACGAUGGCAGCUUGGACAGGAAAGACUUCAAGGACAGAAUGGCCAGGGGCAGGUGGAGGUGCCAACAGUCUCCUGCCUGGAGGACUGAAGAAGGGGUUUGAGCUUCACUGGCGACCUCCAGGAGACCCAGCUCCUGGUCAGGACAGAAGCAGGGAGUGUUGUGAGGCUUUGGAACCUGAUUUGAAGAUGUGAAUGACAUAAAACAGAAGCCAGGAGAGACCUGAUACGCGGAGAGGAAGGAGCCGGGGGGAGAGGAGAAGGCGCCUGCGGCCUGGGCAGAGCCUGCGGCAAGGUCCGCGGAGGCGAGGCCGGGGCCCUGGAGGAGGGAGGACCGAGCCCGGCAGAGGUGGCUGAGGACGCCGGGAAACACGACCACCGUCUGCGUCCCGCGCCACUGUCGCCCCUCAGAGCGCCCAGCUGGGGCCUCCGGGAAGCCGGGCGAGGACAGAGGGAGGCUGAGCCAGUCGGCAGCGAGCACCCGCGCCAGGAGCUCCGCCGUCGGUGCGUGCGGCCCGGCACCGUCCGCGAACUCGCCGCCGGCCAUGGCCGCUGCGGCCGCUCCCCGCAGCCUCCUCGUCCUCCUCCAGGUGCUCGGGCUCGCCCUGGCGCAGAUCAGAGGUCCCCCGGGAGAGCGGGGCCCCCCAGGCCCCCCGGGGCCGCCGGGAGUGCCUGGAUCCGACGGCAUCGACGGUGACAAGGGGCCUCCAGGAAAAGCUGGCCCUCCGGGAGUCAAGGGAGAGCCUGGCAGAGCCGGGCCAGAUGGGCCGGACGGGAAGCCCGGGAUUGAUGGUUUAACUGGAGCCAAGGGGGAGCCUGGAGCCAUUGGGACCCCUGGAACCAAGGGCCAGCCUGGGCUCCCCGGUCCUCCUGGCCUGCCGGGCCCUGGUUUUGCUGGACCUCCUGGACCACCUGGACCUGUUGGCCUUCCUGGUGAGAUUGGAAUCACAGGCCCCAAGGGGGAUCCUGGACCAGAGGGACCAGCAGGGCCCCCGGGCCCCCCUGGGAAACCGGGUCGCCCAGGAACCAUCCAGGGCCUGGAAGGCAGCGCGGACUUCCUGUGUCCAACCAACUGUCCAGCGGGUGCGAAAGGCCCCCCAGGGCUGCAGGGCGUGAAGGGACAUCCAGGCAGACACGGGGCUCUGGGUGAUCCUGGCCGCCAGGGGAAGCCGGGUCCCAAGGGAGAUGUGGGUGCCUCUGGAGAGCAAGGCAUCCCUGGACCACCGGGUCCCCAGGGUAUCAGGGGCUACCCAGGCAUGGCGGGACCCAAGGGAGAGAUGGGUCCUCGUGGAUAUAAAGGCAUGGUGGGCUCCAUCGGAGCUGCUGGGCCACCGGGUGAGGAAGGUCCGAGGGGACCGCCAGGCCGAGCCGGGGAGAAGGGUGACGUGGGCAGCCAAGGUGUUCGAGGACUCCAGGGGAUCCCAGGCCCGAAGGGAGCAACGGGCCCCCCGGGCAUCGACGGCAAGGACGGGACCCCAGGCACACCUGGCACGAAGGGCAGCGCGGGACAGGCAGGGCGGCCAGGAAGCCCAGGCCACCAGGGCCUAGCGGGUGUGCCAGGCCAGCCUGGGAUAAAAGGAAGCCCUGGAGACCAGGGUGACCCAGGCCGGCAGGGCCUCCCUGGAAUCUCUGGUCCCCCGGGGAAGGAGGGAGAGCCAGGGCCUCGAGGAGAAAUUGGUCCCCCAGGCAUCAUGGGGCAGAAGGGUGACCAGGGUGAGAGGGGGCCAGUGGGGCAGCCAGGCCCUCAAGGACAACAGGGCCCCAAGGGGGAACAGGGGCCCCCCGGAAUUCCAGGGCCCCAAGGCUUACCAGGCAUCAAGGGAGACAAGGGCUCCCCAGGGAAGACCGGGCCCCGUGGCGGAGUGGGCGACCCGGGGGUGGCCGGCCUCCCCGGAGAGAAAGGAGAGAAGGGCGAGUCUGGCGAGCCCGGCCCCAAGGGACAGCAAGGAGUCCGCGGAGAACCAGGCUACCCUGGCCCCAGCGGAGAUGCGGGCGCCCCAGGGGUGCAGGGCUACCCUGGGCUUCCUGGCCCUCGAGGACUGGCCGGAGACCGAGGCUUGCCGGGACAGCCUGGGAGACAGGGCCUGGCGGGCCGAGACGCCAGCGACCAGCACAUCGUGGAUGUGGUGCUGAAGAUGAUGCAAGAGCAACUGGCAGAGGUAGCUGUGAGUGCCAAGCGAGAAGCUCUGGGUGCUGCAGGGAUGAUGGGUCCCCCAGGACCUCCUGGGCCCCCUGGGUACCCAGGCAAGCAGGGACUCCACGGGCACCCUGGCCCUCGGGGCAUUCCUGGCAUCAUCGGAGCUGUGGGUCAGAUUGGCAACACGGGGCCCAAGGGCAAACGUGGAGAGAAGGGUGAUCGAGGUGAAGUGGGACGUGGGCACCCGGGGAUGCCUGGGCCCCCAGGAAUCCCAGGUCUCCCUGGCCGGCCUGGCCAGGCAAUCAAUGGCAAGGAUGGAGACCGAGGGUCCCCAGGGGCUCCAGGAGAGGCAGGCCGACCUGGCCUGCCAGGCCCUGUGGGGCUGCCGGGCUUCUGUGAGCCUGCAGCCUGCCUCGGAGCCUCAGCCUAUGCCUCUGCCCGACUUACGGAACCCGGAUCUAUCAAAGGGCCUUGAGCAUCAGGCCCGGACAGAGCACGGUGGCAUCCUGGGUGGGGUAGGACCAGGUCCCCUCUGGUUGGACAUCCACCUCAUCUCUCAGCCCAGGAAACCAACUUUCCCAGGACCUUCUGUCUGGGACCCAGGAGCCCUGAGGAAAAGGAAUUCUAAAACAUGGGGGAAGGGGAGGUAGGGCACUAGAGUGAAGAAGUGAGGCCAACAGGGCCAGGGUCACUGGAGAGUUGAAGCUCCAAAGGGAAUGGG